AUGCGUUUUACCAUCCCUCUUACCCUCUUCUUCGCCGCCCUGGCUAUCGCUGCUCCGGCUGCGGAGGCAGACAAUGAUGUCGACGCUGCAGUGUCUGAGGACCCUGGUCUGGCUGAUGCGCAGCGUUGUCGGCCAGGAUAUAGACAAACUGCAACCGUCACCACGGAGGUGAACGUUGCUUCCGGGCUUGCUGGGCUCACUACUGCUAGUGACUUGUUCUAUACGCACCUGAUUGAUCGUCGGGUAGUCUCAAGACACAGUGAUUGA